GUCAACCUACGCUCUCUCUCUCUCUCUCUCUCUCUUUCUUACUCUCUCUCAUAACCGAUCGCGUUCGUCUACGGGAGACUCUAACCCUAACCCUAGCUCGAUUCUAUACGCUCCCCGAUCCAUGGCGACGGAGGAGGAAGCGGCGGAGGGCGGCGCCGCCCCGGUGGAGGGGGCGGCGGAGGAGGAGCCCGCCGCCGAGAACGACGCCGCCGCGGCGGAGGGAGCCGCGGUGGGGAACGCGAAGAAGCAGCGCGCCCCGAAGGAGCCCAAGGAGAAGAAGCCGCGGAAGCCCCGGUCCCCUCCCUCCCAUCCCCCGUACAUCGAGAUGAUCGGGGAGGCGAUCACCGCAUUGAAGGAGAGGACGGGGUCGAGCCAGUACGCGAUCACGAAGUACAUAGAGGAGAAGCACAAGGAUCAUGUACCCCCCAACUUCAAGAAGCUCCUCCUCUUCCACCUCAAGAAGCUCACCGCGAGCGAUAAGCUCACCAAGGUCAAGAACUCCUACAAGCUCCCCCCGCUCCGCGCCCGCGCCCCCGCCUCGGCCUCCGCCCCCGCGCCCGAGCCCAAGCCCAAGCCCAAGCCCAAGUCGAAGCCCAAGCCCAAGCCAAAAGCUGCCUCGGCGAAGCCCAAGCCCAAGCCGAAAGCCGCGGCGGUGAAGCCGAAGCCCAAGCCCAAGCCGAAACCGAAAGCAGCUGCGGCUAAGCCCAAGCCCAAGCCGAAAGCGGCGGCGCCUCCGGCGAAGCCGAAGACGAGGGCGGCCACGAGGAAGACGAAGGCCAAGUAGUAGUAAGAGUCGUAGCAUUUUGUUUUUGUUUUUGUUUUGUUUUAUUUUUAUUUUUAAUUGUUUUCUCAUCUUUUUUUUUCUUUUCACCCUUUUUUUUUUUAAUUUUGUUUUUGAGGUAGUGGCAGUGUUUGUAAAUUGGAUAUUGCGAUAGGGGUAUGUUUGGACGGAAUUUGUGUUGUUUUCUUCAGCAGGAGUAUUUGCUAUUAUUAGCUUUAAAGAGUUAUCACACCUAUUCCCAUCUUUAAUUAAUUUCAUAUUUUGUGA